AUGGCAACAGUCACUGUCUUAACGACGCUUCCCAACUUCGAAGAUGGCAUGAUCCAGGCAUUCAGGAGUAAACGACUCAUAAUGCGCCCUUUGCUUCAUCCCACGGAUCUGGAGGCAUAUCGAACUAUCCGCAGCCAGCCCGCAGCUAUGACUGGAUCGCGCACAGGCCUACCGGAUGAUACUAUAGAGCAGACGGAGGCUAAGCUCAUGCGCCUGCAGCCUCCAUAUAGUGGCUCGCACGUAUACUUUGGGGUCUAUCUCAAAGGGGUAGAAGGCGCCGAGGGCGAGCUGAUCGGUGAUGGAGGGGUGCACAAGUUCUCAGAUACUCAGACCGGGUGGCCAGAAUUCGGCUAUAAGUUCAAGCAGGAAUACUGGGGCCAAGGAUACGCUUCGGAAUUUGCGCUAUCAUUCGUGCAGUUCUGGUGCAGCCUACCACGUGCCAAAAAACAGGCCGAGGUCGCGUUGAAUUCUGUUGUUACUGCUAAGGAGGAAGUGGCGCUGUCUGGAUUGAUAAAAGACAAGAGCACCCCUCUACGGGUUGAGGAAAUAAUUUGUGCUUGGACUACGAUUGGGAACAAGGCGAGCCAGAGGGUUCUGCAAAAGACUGGGUUCCAGUCUUUCGAUGGACCAGAAGAUGGUUUCGUCCACUGGCGAAGGACUCUUCCUAGGUCUUGA